GCCACGUGGUGUGAAGCCGACGAAUCAUCGUCAGUCAUCAGUGCAGCGUAUGGGCGUUUUGACACGUAUGCUCCUCUGACGGAAUAACAUUUUUCUAUUAUAAAUGAAGUUUCGGUGUUGAACCAUUGGAUAAUUGACUAAUUGACGAUAUAUACAGAUCCAGCUCACCAGCCAUCACCUGGUCACCGUCAAGAUGAGCAGCAUAGCCGAGCAGCCAUGCUACACCCUCAUGAACAUCCCCGCGGACUCCGAGCCGAUAAACGAGCUCCAGAUGAAGCAGGACCUCGAAAAGGGUGACAUACCAAUAAAAAUCGAAGCCCUGAAGAAAACCAUCCACAUGAUUCUCAGUGGAGAGCGCCUCCCAGGCUUGCUAAUGACAAUAAUCAGGUUCGUGCUGCCCUUGCAAGACCAUACGAUAAAGAAGCUCCUCCUGAUUUUCUGGGAGAUAGUCCCCAAGACCUCCCCUGACGGAAAACUCCUUCAGGAGAUGAUACUCGUCUGCGACGCGUACAGGAAGGACCUUCAACACCCAAACGAAUACGUCCGAGGUUCAACCCUACGUUUCCUCUGUAAAUUGAAGGAGCCAGAGCUUCUGGAGCCUCUGAUGCCAGCAAUAAUCGCUUGCUUGGAGCACCGUCACUCCUACGUCCGUCGUAACGCAGUCCUCGCCAUCUUCACGAUCUACCGAAACUUCGAGUUCCUAAUCCCAGACGCCCCAGAGCUGAUUGCCAAGUACCUUGAGGGUGAACAGGACAUGUCCUGCCGUCGAAAUGCCUUCCUGAUGCUCCUCCACGCCGACCAGAGCCGAGCACUGGCUUAUCUAGCAGCUUGCCUCGAUCUAGUUCCAACUUUCGGCGAUAUUCUCCAACUGGUGAUCGUGGAACUCAUCUACAAAGUCUGUCUGGCGAAUCCCUCUGAGCGAGCUCGUUUCAUCCGUUGUAUCUACAGUCUCCUAAAUUCACCGAGUGCAGCGGUUCGUUACGAAGCUGCUGGGACCCUGGUAACGCUCUCGAGUGCCCCAACCGCAAUAAAGGCAGCCGCUUCUUGCUACAUUGACCUCGUCGUCAAGGAGAGUGAUAACAAUGUUAAGUUGAUUGUUCUGGAUCGUCUGAUUGCGAUGAAGGAGAGUCCACAACAUGAGAGAGUUCUCCAGGACCUCGUGAUGGAUGUUCUCAGGGUUUUAGGGUCGCCAGCUCUCGAAGUGAGGACGAAAACCCUUGCCCUGGCUAUUGAUCUUGUUACGACGAGAACUAUUGAGGAGAUGGUGCAACUCCUGAAGAAGGAGAUCCUCAGAACUGCGGGAGGCGAGCACGAGGAUGCUGGCAAGUACAGGCAGUUAUUGGUGAGGACGCUUCACACCUGUUCCAUCAAAUUUCCGGACGUUGCUGGCACUGUUAUCCCAGUGCUGGUGGAUUUUCUGUCUGAAAACAACGAGGCUGCCGCUACUGAUGUUCUUGUCUUCAUCAGAGAGGCCAUUCAACGAUUUGAGAACCUGAGACCACUGAUAAUUGAGAAACUACUGGAGGUCUUCCAGGACAUUCGAUCUGUCAGAGUGCACAGGGGCGCCUUGUGGAUACUCGGAGAGUAUGCUACCUCUAGGGAGGAUAUUGAAAGUCUCAUGGGGAGAAUUAGGACCACUCUCGGGGAUAUACCACUGGUGGAGGCGGAGAACAAGAGGCAGGCUGGGGACAAACCAAGUGAGGAAGGCAAUACUCAAGUGCAGCCUGCUCAGCUCGUUACUUCUGAUGGUACUUAUGCUACACAGAGUGCUUUCAGUACUACCGGCAGUGGAAAGAAGGAGGAGAAGAGACCUGCCUUAGUGCAGUAUAUGAUGGAUGGAGACUUCUUCAUCGGGGCUUCGUUGGCUACUACUCUCUCCAAGUUGGCCCUCAGGUAUAAGGCAUUAGAGAAUAACGAGCAGAAGAAUAAUAGAAUGCAAGCAGAAGCAAUGCUGAUAAUGUCCAGUAUUCUGCAAUUAGGAAGAUCCGGUCUGUCUUCCAAAGCAAUGACCCACGACGAUGCUGAGAGAAUUUCUCUGUGCCUUCGAUCACUCGCAUGCCCGACUCCCCUCAUCCAGCAAGUCUUCACCGAGGGCUGCAGAGAUGCCCUGGGGAGGAUGCUUGCUGCCAAAGCAGAAGAAGAUUCCCAGACCCAGAAGGCCAAGGAGAAGCCUGGAAACGUCGUACAAGUGGACGAGGCCAUUCAGUUUCUGCAGCUCAAUAGAAAUGCCGAUCUCACUGGUGGGACUGGUGACGUCUUCGAGCAAAGUCUCUCAGCCGCUGUGGCAGGAAGACCUGGCAGCGGUGGAGCUGAUGCACCAACACCCAGUGCCCUGAGCAAGGUCACCCAAUUGACUGGAUUUUCAGAUCCUGUUUAUGCUGAGGCACUGGUGCAUGUCAAUCAGUAUGAUAUUGUUCUCGAUGUUCUGAUUGUCAAUCAGACUGAGGACACCUUACAGAAUUGUACGUUGGAGUUGGCGACCAUGGGAGAUCUUAAACUGGUGGAGAGGCCUCAGCCUAUUGUAUUGGCACCUAGAGAUUUCGCCAGUAUCAAGGCCAAUGUCAAGGUGGCAUCUACGGAGAAUGGGAUCAUAUUCGGAAAUAUUGUUUAUGACGUAUCGGGAGCGGGAUCAGACCGAUCAGUUGUUGUCCUCAACGACAUUCACAUAGACAUAAUGGAUUACAUCGUCCCUGCAACCUGCACAGACGCUGAAUUUCGACAAAUGUGGGCGGAAUUCGAAUGGGAAAAUAAAGUAUCAGUCAAUACAACACUUGCAGACCUCAGGGAAUACCUUGCCCACCUACUCAAGUCGACCAACAUGCGCUGUCUCACUCCAGAAAAGGCAUUAUCCGGUCAAUGUGGUUUCAUGGCAGCAAAUAUGUACGCAAAAUCAAUAUUUGGGGAGGAUGCCCUUGCAAAUUUGUCGAUUGAGAAACCGCUGAACAAACCCGAUGCUCCUGUAGUUGGUCACAUCAGAAUCCGUGCUAAGAGCCAGGGAAUGGCGCUCUCCCUUGGUGAUAAAAUAAACUCUGCUCAGAAGGUCGUUCAGGCGAAAGUCAUACAGGCUGCGUAACUUCAUAAAUACUAUCCGACCCGGGGGCUAAAAAUCAUAUACAAUAAAUUCAUAACUAAACCUUAUGUUUUCUUCAUCCACCAACAGAUAUUCGAAAAUCCAUAAUUCAGUUUAGGUUUAUCACAUUUUAUUCCAUCCUGAGGGAAAGAAACAAUUAAGUAAGAGCUGUUACAUGUAGUUAUCAGAAAAAUAAAUAAAUUUUAAUAUGUAUAAUGGAA